GUCCCAACUCCGACGACUUAACGACAGAUGCCUGCAGAACACAGCACCUGGUUGAUUUCUGUACCUUUGAACGGUGAUACGGAAUGCCUCGCUCAGGAAUUGUCUUCCAAACUAGCGCAACAGUCUAAAUCCUUCUCUCCAACUUCACUCCAUGAACUGUCGAUUCCGUCAUUCAAGACUGGGACGCUCGAUUCCCUCGUAUCUCUUUCUGAAGAACUACCUAAACAAGACACCUUCUUCACCAAUACUGUUGCCAAGAUGGUCGACACACUACGCAACCUACUUAACAAUGAUCCCACUAAACUCUCCCAACAUAUACUGGUAAAUGAAAUGAGCGUGGAUGACUAUCUUCUGGGGAACUUGAAUUGGAAUGAAGGUCGAUAUGGGGUGCAGAAAAGUUUGAGAGAUUUGGUAGACACCCUGAAUAAGGAGAUGACCUCUAUAGACAACGCGAUGAAAUCGAAGCUCACCAAUUACAAUCUUGUCAAAGGCUCACUAGUUCAGAUGCAACGCAAGAAGACGGGAAACCUGUCUGUUCGCUCGUUGGCUGAAGUCGUAUCUAAAGAUGAUUUCAUCCAAGAUUCAGAGUAUCUUGAAACCGUUCUCGUCGCUGUUCCAAAGAAUUCUGUGAAGACCUGGAACAUUACAUAUGAACGAUUAGCAUCCAUGGUAGUCCCAAGGUCAUCAAAUUUAAUCACUUCAGAUGACGAAUACAACCUAUACAGCGUGGUCAUAUUCCGGCGUGUACACGACGACUUUUCUCAGCAGUGUCGAGAAAACAAGUUCAUCUUGCGGGACUUCGUGUAUUCUGAGGAUGUAAUUACUAAGCAGAGACAGGAACUAGAAACUGCCGAUACGACAGAAAAGGAGCUUUGGACGGAAUUACUUCACUUAACACGGACAAAUUUCUCAGAGUCCUUCCAAAUCCUCGUACAUCUCAAAGUUAUUCGCCUCUUUGUUGAAAGCGUGCUCCGUUAUGGGUUACCGGCAAAUUACAUCGGGGUCGUUAUCAAGCCUGACGUCAAAUCGACCAAAAAGACGUUCCAUACUUUGCAGUCCCACUUCUCGUACCUCAGAUCUCGAUCCAAAGCGGCACAAACGCAAGGAGGAGGUGAAGAAUUCAUUGGCGAAUACCAAUCGCUUAUGGAACAAGAAUUCUACGACUUCGUGCUGUACGAAAUGCCCUGGAUCACAACGCAGUAA